UUUUACAUGCCAGAAUGAACGCGGAACUAGAUCCGGGGGAAAAGUCGUAAACCUGCCUUUACUCAUGUUAUUAACAAACGUGCUAAAGUCCACACAUUCAAUUGAGUCACACAGCAUUAUUACAAAUCUUGCGUCAGCCUAUAAUAGCUUGCAAAACUGGGGCUUUACACAAAAGCUUGUUUUUCCGGUAGCAGAGCCAAAUGAAACUCCUGCGUGGACUCGGGUAAUUAAAUUUGUUUGCUGAAGGCUUGCAUUGCUGUAAAAUUGCUGGAAUCAUGAUUGACAAGGAUGAUUUUCGGCCCAUCACACGGAGUCGUAGGCGCGCGACCAUCACGAACGUAAAGAGCGAGACUGUGAAACUCAGAAACGGCGAGACCGCAGCAGCCAGUGAUCCCAAGGCACGGGAGUCUUUCACCAAAAACCUACAGGCACAGCUGAGCCAAGACAGCAAACGAAAAUGCGAUCUCUACGACAAAAUGAGUUGCCACAAGUUGCAGGAGUCAAUGCUGAGUUCUGCGAGCAGCUUCAAAAAUUACAGAGGCAUCCUGAACUGGUGUGUUGUAAUGCUGGUUUUGAGCAAUGCACGCCUGUUCUUGGAAAACCUUCUCAGGUAUGGCAUUUUAGUAGACCCCAUUCAAGUGGUGUCAUUGUUCCUCAAGAACCCGUAUAGCUGGCCUGCUGCAUGCCUGGUCAUUGUUUCUAAUGUUUUUAUACUUCUGGCCUUGUACACGGAGAGGAAACUAGCCAUGGGGUUGAUCAGUGAAAAGGCUGGCCUGCUGAUCUACAUCUUUAAUUUAACAGUCGUCUUAUGUUUUCCGAUGAUUGUUGUGUUGAAGCUGCCAUCUAUUACACCAGUCGGAGGAGCGUUUGCCUUAGGAGUCUACACCAUCCUGUUUUUGAAACUGUACUCGUAUAAAGAUGUUAACAGGUGGUGCAGAGAAAGAACACAAGCGAAGGCCCGCAGCCUCUCCAGAUCUCUUUCGUGUCCAUCAUCUCAAUCUGCGUCCAGCGGUAUGCAGUCACAUGUGUCUUACCCAGGAAAUCUCUCUCUCAGAGAUAUCUAUUAUUUUGUUUUGGCUCCAACCUUGUGCUAUGAGCUUAAUUUUCCCCGCUCUGAAUCCAUCCGAAUGGGAUUUCUGCUCAGGAGGCUUUUUGAGAUGUUGCUCCUCACUCAGUUACUGGUUGGUUUAACACAGCAGUGGAUGGUGCCAAUCAUUCGAAGUUCAAUGAAGCCAUUGCAGGAAAUGGACUACUCUAGAAUGACAGAGCGUCUGCUUAGACUCGCAGUGCCCAACCAUCUCCUCUGGUUGAUUUUCUUCUACUCGUUUUUCCAUUCCUCAAUGAACUUUGUGGCUGAGCUGUUGAGGUUUGGAGAUCGGGAAUUUUACCGUGACUGGUGGAACUCCGAGACGAUAACAUACUUCUGGCAAAACUGGAAUAUUCCUGUGCACAAGUGGUGUCUCCGACACUUUUAUAAGCCGUUGCUGCGAAGAGGUGCUGGCAAGUUACUGAGCCAAUCAGCUGUAUUUUUCGCCUCUGCUUUUUUUCAUGAGUACCUGGUCAGUGUUCCACUCAGGAUGUUCAGACUGUGGGCAUUUAUGGGCAUGAUGGCACAGCUUCCAUUGGCAUGGUUUGUGGCCAGGUUUCUUCGGGGUAACUAUGGAAAUGCUGCUGUGUGGCUCUCACUCAUUAUUGGUCAACCUAUCGCAGUUCUGAUGUAUGUUCAUGACUACUAUGUCACCCACUACCAGGAUGACCCGACAGUCACUGAAGCUCUGUAAUCACACUAUAAAGCCUGAUCGAAUGAGUUUGAUUGUGGACUUGGCAAAGCAGCUACACUUUGAAAUAUUACUGUAAGACUAUAGGCUACAUACUGCAGAGGUACCAGUUGGAGUACAUUGAUACAGUUGAAGAUUCCCGGCACAGUCAGAUUUCCAGGAAGUCUUCAAAUAAAUUCAAAGCUCUAGGCUAUAUUUAAACCUUUAUGAACAACUAAAACAGCCAGUCUAUGCAAAUCUCGCCUAGAACUCCCAAUAGAAAUGCACAGGAGUCUGAAUGUUACUCUACAGGUGUCAAGUGCUCAUUUUAAUUUCACGAAAUGAAACCGGCCAUAUAUUUGUGUUGUAUGCAUUACUAGUAGGACUUACACUCGGGUCAGUGUUCUGUCACUUUAUAAGCAUUUUAACCUUUUCUUACAAUUCAAAUAUUGUGAAAAAUCCUUAACCGGAUUUUACUAUACAAAUGUAUGAUGUUGUUGUUGUUUUUUUUAAUAAGUGCCAGUCCAUAAAUAUACAUAAUGCGAUACAAUAUGCAAUGAGAGUAUGUACAGACAGAAAUGUGCAAUUAUAUUUUAAAGCAAUAUGCAGACACUUUAAAGGAUUAGUUCACUU